GCAGAUAAAACAAGAGAUGGAAAACAGUUGAAAUCAGUUGCCGUGUUGGUGAAUCCCAGAUAGAGGAGACCCAGCAAAACGGAAACCCCUGAGUCUCCGAGUCCAGGUGAGAGAGAAACACAUUCAUUCCCUAUAAAAAACAAUCAAUCUUCAAUCUCCCCACUUCCCCACUCUUUCUCUCUCCUCUCGCAUGAUUUUGUCUCUCUCUCUCCAAAUCUUGUUUUUGUUUUUCCAUUUAUUUAUUCCACAACGUGCACGGACGCUCUUCAUCUUCUCCACCAGAAAAAAAAAAAUCAGCAGCCAAUUGUGUCAUUGUCAACGCACAUAUCUGAUGGUUUUUUUGUAUUGACUCAUUGGAAACAAGCUGUUUCAAAAGUCUGGAUUUUGGAAUAUUAUUGAGAAAGGAGUCUCAAUCUGCAUCUCAUCGGUGUUGUUUAAAUCUGCGAGCGUGCUUGGUCAUUUGAGGAAAAGGGUUAUAUGGCCAUAGUUGUUGAUUGGAACAACCCAUCUUAAGGUCUGGUAAUGGGGUCUGCAAUGGAGAAGAAAUGGCUAUUCCCUCUUGUCAUAAGCUCUGUCAUAUGCAUAUUCCUUCUAGCCACUUCCUUGAACUUGGGUCUCGUCUCUUCACGACAAGCAAUCAAUUCGAUCUUUUCCUUUUUACCAUCUAGGGUAGUAACAAACCAAUCUAGUCCAGCUUUUGCUGAGACUAUAGUUUCACAAGGUCCACCCCCUCCUCCAGUGCCAUCGAUUCCCCGCUUUGCUUAUCUAAUUUCCGGGUCAAAGGGGGAUUUGGAAAAGCUUUGGAGAACUCUCAAAGCGCUAUACCAUCCAUUGAAUCAAUAUGUUCUUCAUUUAGACCUUGAGUCACCAUUAGCAGAAAGAUUGGAGCUUGCUUCGCGAGUGGACAACGAGACUCUCUUUAAUACAGUUGGGAAUGUUUUCAUGAUCAAGAAAGCUAAUAUGGUAACUUACAGAGGACCAACAAUGGUUGCUAAUACUCUUCAUGCCUGCGCAAUUCUUCUCAGGAGGAGUAAGGAUUGGGAUUGGUUUAUCAAUCUCAGCGCCUCAGAUUAUCCCCUUGUUACCCAAGAUGAUCUUAUUAACACUUUUUCACCUUUAAACCGAAAUCUGAAUUUCAUUGAGCACACAAGCCAACUUGGCUGGAAGGAGGAUAAACGAGCAAUGCCUUUGAUUUUAGACCCUGGCCUCUACUCAUCGAAAAAACAAGAUGUAUUUUGGGUUACACCACGGCGAACAUUGCCCACUUCGUUUAAAUUGUUUACUGGUUCGGCAUGGAUGGUCUUAUCACGCUGGUUUGUUGAGUACUGUGUCUGGGGUUGGGACAAUCUUCCGAGGACCCUUCUCAUGUACUACACAAACUUUGUUUCUUCGCCAGAAGGCUACUUUCACACUGUUUUAUGCAAUGAGCCGGAGUUUGCUAAAACUGCCGUCAACCAUGAUUUGCAUUACAUUUCUUGGGACAUUCCUCCCAAGCAGCAUCCCCAUACCCUCAACAUUAAUGACACAAACAAGAUGAUUGCAAGUGGUGCUGCCUUUGCUCGAAAAUUCGGGCACGAUGACCCCGUCCUGGACAGGAUCGACAAGGAAUUACUUCACCGAAGAAAAGGGAGCUUCACUCCCGGCGGUUGGUGUGCUGGCAAACCGAAAUGCUCCAGGGUUGGGAACCUGAACAAGAUCAAACCAAGUCCAGGCGCCGACAGGCUUCGCCACCUCGUGGGUAGGCUUACCUUGACAGCCAAGUUUGGUCAAAACCAGUGUAAAUAGUUUGUGUUGACAUUCUUGGAAGUUGAACUAGUGAACGAAAAAGAAUAGAAGUUAUACUUGUAUCAACAGUCUAAGACAGCAGUUUGUUGGGAAUUUAAAGGGAUCAUCUGUUUUUUAUGCUUAA